GGCCAGACUGUACCAACAACUUGGACUUAGUGAUCUCCUGAUCCCGCUAAACAAGCGCAGAUCAAGCUGGUUUUCUCAGCUGCCAGCUCAAUAUUCUCUCCUGCUUCCUCCUUUUCGCAUCGCAUUCACCAUGCCCCGGCUCGUACGCCGCCAACCGUUGGGGGAGCGCAUCAUGUCUUACCUGAAUCCGUUGGACUUUCUCUUGUGGUUGUCGGGAGAAAUUGAUGCGAAUGACUGGGAUCAGUUUGAGAAGGACUGGGCGCUGCCUGUCGGGGUAGCAUUGAAUGUGGUCUUUUUGAUUGCGAGAGCGAAUAGCAGGCCCAGUGGCAGCGAGGCCGUGGAUGACGUCUUCGGUGACGAUGGAGGAGUUCCCUGGCUGAGUUGGUUUGCGUCCUUCGUCGUUCACCUACUGGCUGGUUUCUCCGGCUUCAAUGCCUUCUAUACCUUCUAUCGCAAACGCCAUUACCGCAUGUUCGAAGUGUCGAUCGACCAAGCCCCCGCGACCCCUUCUGCUCAACGAGUGCGUGUGGAUUCAACUCCCAUGGCAGCCUCCCCGUUGCGAUACUUUGCGAAUGCGAUUUCGGGGUCAGCCGAGUCGAGGGCGCAUCCUGAUGCGCAGCGGGAUGUCUGGGAGCUUGCAGUCUGGGAUCCAUUGCCGAUUUGCGUUCGGAUGUUUGGCAUGUUCAGCCCGGGCCAUGUUCUGGUUUAUUGGCUUUUCCUGCCUACUCAGGUGUCUGAUCCUCGGCCUAGCGUUACUAUCGUCACUACGUUGUUCUUGACGGCUUUGCUAUCGGUGCAAAUGUCUUUCCUAUCUUCGUCGUUUACCCAGCAAGCAAAGGAUUCUGCGCUGGUACAGAAGGAAGUCCUUCGAGAGUACGACAAUAAAUAUGUGCAUCCCCGUACGCAGCCUUUGAUGAGAGACGUUGGCACCCAGUUCUCUGAAGAGGAACAAAAAGCCAAUCGGGUUGAUACAUUUACCCCGACAUUCGUCAUUCAGCGCGGAUUCAAGACCAGUCCCCAUCCAAACUACGUUAGCCAUGUCGACCCCGAAGGAGUCACUCCCAGACGUCAACCUUUCACAACCCCGACAACUACGUCUUAUAAAACACCCAGCCACUUGCGUGAUGCCUCGCCUGCCGUACGUCCCUCUGUCACUUCUAUGCGACAACCGCAGUUCAGGCCUGCCACGACCAGCACCGGCGAUGGAGGUAGUCUCGGUAUCUAUUCUCAUGCCAACUCGCCUCUUCGGAAAGCUACGUCGACAAAUCCUGAACGCCGCGUCCAGAACAGCGGAGACUUCUUCUACAAGGAACGUGGGACUCCGUUGAAGAGAUCAUCAAGCCCAUUGAAGAAGAGCAUUGUACCUGGCGGUGCCAGUUCAGCAGGCCAAUACAGUGCUCGUCGUGAUACUGGACGGUUUUAGGAGGUAAUGGGUGCGAUCUCUUGGGAUAGUAUAUAUGGAUCAUUGGGGAGUUUUGGGGGAGCAUGGUCUUUUAGUAUUGUCAUAGCAUUGGGCGCGGCGUGGCGUUUCGGGGCUUUUUGUUUCUAUAAUCUUGUCUUUUUACUUUUGUUUCUGUUCUUGAGGGCAACCGCAUGGUUUGCUGGGACCAGUCCUAUAUAACAUGUAUUCUGUACUUUUAAACAGAAGAUAUCAUUGCAAACGCAACUGCCUAUGCAUCUUCCCGCCUAAAAUCUUGUUGGAAA